UUUACAAAAGAUUACAAAAAAACAAUUGGUGUCGAUUUCCUCGAAAGACAAAUCGAAAUCGAUGGCGAAGAUGUGCGAAUUAUGUUAUGGGACACAGCUGGUCAAGAAGAAUUCGAUGCCAUAACAAAAGCAUACUAUCGUGGGGCACAAGCUUGUGUACUCACUUUUAGUACAACAGAUCGUGCAUCAUUCGAUGCAGUUAAAGAUUGGAAACGAAAAGUGGAGAAUGAAUGCAAUGAAAUACCAACGGUUAUUGUACAAAAUAAAAUCGAUUUGAUUGAACAAUCCGUGGUCACAUCGGAAGAAGUCGAAACAUUAGCACGUAACCUUAAUUGUCGCCUCAUACGCACAUCUGUCAAAGAGGAUGUCAAUGUGGCGUCUGUAUUUCGUUACUUGGCGACAAAAUGCCAUCAGCUCAUGACGCAAGCGUACAAUACAGUGGAUCAUCCCGCUAGUGGCCAACAGCAACAUCCAACUAUAAGUGCAUUCAGUCCAACAUUCACUAAAUCAAACACCGGCACAAUUAUACUUAGACCGGCCAAAAAGAAUCCGGCACGAAAGAGAAAAAUCGUUCUUAAAAAAUGCGGUAUCUUGUGAUUUGCGUGUGGAGAAGGUGGCUGAGCAGAUUUAAAGAAUCCUAAAUUUAGUUUAAUAUAAUUAUUAACUGCAACAUAUUUAAAUUAAUUUUUCUACAUCUAAUGUUAGUAAUGAAGUCUAUUGUAGUUAUACUAAUUAGUUAUGCUGCUAACAAUUAGAAGCAAAACCAAAAACAACAACGACCACAAAGAAGAAUAAAAUACUUUUUACGAAUAAGUGAAUAGCAGAAAAAUAUUUCUAAAGCCAUUUACUAGUCUCAUUUAAAGAGAAUGGUAUUGUUUAUUAUGAUGAUGAUGAUGAUGAUGAUGAUGAACAGCAUGCAACUAGCAACAACUUGCAAUAACUCGCAGUAACUUCACUAAUAACUGCUGGUUGCUAAUGAUAAUCAUUUCUUUUAGACAAAAAGUGUGUUUUAGUUACGAAAGAACCAUUCUAAUAUAUUAUUGUAAUUUUUAGAAUAAAUUACUUACUCGUCUAGAGACAAAAUUCAUGUUGAAACCCUGUUAGUUUCCGGAGACUGAUACGUAUUUACAUAAAUAUAUUAAUAAUAAAUGUAUGGUAGCAUAUAAAAAAAUAAUUUAUUUA